AUGAUGAAUCCUUUGGAUUAUACAUGGUUAUUCGGCGUCACCAUGGUGUUUGCUUUUGCAGAUGCUUAUGGCAUUGGCGCAAAUGAUGUCGCCAAUUCAUUCGCUACUUCUGUCGCUUCUGGAUCAUUAUCCCUUGCUCAAGCAUGUAUCAUUGCUUGUUUUACAGAAUUCUUGGGUGCUCUUUUACUCGGUUCUCAUACAGCAGAUACUAUCAAAGGUGGCAUUCUUUCAGUCAAAAGAUUCGAAACUACUCCUGAAUUGCUUAUGCUCGGCAUGACAUGUGCUAUUAUCGGUUCAUCCAUGUGGGUGCUCUUCGCUACACGCAACGGCUGGCCAGUGUCCACCACUCAUUCUAUCGUCGGUGCCGUUUGUGGUGUUGGUAUCGCCGCAUUUGGUGGCUCCUCUAUUACGUGGGGAUGGUCUGGCUUGGGCCAAAUCAUUACAUCCUGGUUCUUGUCCCCUGUAUUUGCAGGUAUUGUUGCUGCCAUCAUUUACAGUAUUACAAAAUACGGUAUUCUUCGCCAAAAGGACAGCAUCAAGUGGGCUGUCCGUCUUAUUCCUGCUUACUUUUUCUUUACAACCACUAUUGAAGCAUUCUACCUCAUUUACAAGGGUGCUCCAGGUACUCAAGCAGCCAAGAUGCACGUUGGUAUCAUUGUUGCUAUCGCACUCGGUAUUGGUGCCUUCUUUGCCCUGUUUGCCAUCUUCUUUUUCUGUCCCUGGCUCAAGAGAAGAGUUGUCGGUCGUGAAGAGCUUCGCUGGUACCAUAUCUUUGUGAUUCCUUUCUUGAGUCCUCGUCCUGUGAUCAAGACGUUGCCUGAGACAAAGGAAGCUGUCCACGCUGAAACGAUUGCAUCCAGCAGUUCUUCAGACAACAAGGAAUACGCCCAAGAAACCAAGGAUGGCCAAGAAGUUACUCGCUUUGAAGAAGCUCAACAAGUUGCCGAAGAUACUCAGACUGCCCCUCAAAACCUCUCAUGGAAGGAUAAGAUUCUCAAUGUUGCUCUCCACGGUGUCAGAAAGGAUGUGCGUAACUUGAGCAAUGCCAAUGUCAAAUCUGUGCAUGAUGCCGCUGAAAUUUACGACAAUGAUGUCGAAUACAUGUUCUCUUUCCUUCAAGUCAUCACUGCCUGUAUGGCCUCUUUUGCUCACGGCUCUAACGAUGUCUCCAAUGCUGUUGGUCCCUUGUCUGCUGUCUAUGAUAUCUGGCAAACCGCCAAGGUCGAUGUUACUGGUAAGGUGCCUGUCCCCGUCUGGAUUCUUGCUUAUGGUGGUGUUGCCAUUGAUCUCGGUCUUGCCACCUAUGGCUAUAACAUUAUGCGUGUAUUGGGUAACAACAUCACUUUGCUCACUCCUACUCGUGGUUUCUCUGCUGAAUUGGCUGCUGCUUUGACAGUUUUAACCUGUUCCAAGCUCGGUCUUCCCGUCUCCACCACUCACUGUAUCACUGGUGCUACAGCUGCUAUUGGUCUUUGUAAUGGAAAAUUGAGUGCUGUCAACUGGAAGAUGUUGUCCUGGUGUUUCUUCUCAUGGGUGCUUACUCUGCCAAUUGCUGGCCUUAUUGCUGGUUUGCUCUUCUCAUUUGCUGCAUAUGCUCCCAACAUGUUUGCCUCUGUCGCCGCUGGUGCUGCUGCCACUGUGUAA